ACACCAUAAAAGAAGAAGUAAAAGAAGAGACCACCGGAAGUGUCAGCCGUUGGAGUCUACUACAACGUCAGGUUGUUCCUUUUCGGGUUGAUUAACAAAUGCAACUAAAAUAUUUUGGACGUGAUAUUUUGAUGAGCUUCAUGCUUACUUGGUGAAGAAUGUCAGACUUAAAAAGAUGCGAGAAAGAAAUGUUCCACUGAGUUGGUUCUCAGCGCUAGCUACUUAGCUAAGCUAUCCUCCCCGGUGGAACCUGACAACUAAACUGAACGGGACACUUUCAGUUUGCCUUCAGCUGAGGAAACUGAACCUUGAAGUUAAUGCGGCUCCUUAGACUCAUCUCUGCCUAUCGGAACUUGAGCCAACACCAUAAAUGUAGCUUCCUGAACAGAAUCCGACACCUGAAAUGAAUGCAAGACUUUAAAGUGACCCGUAAGCACUCGGGGUGUUGUGUUGACACGCAGACUCGCAUCUGGGCUUCCGUUGUUUGAACAGAAAAUGUGGCUGCAGCAGAGACUGAAGGGGCUACCGGGCUUGUUGUCGAGUAGCUGGGCGCGAAGGGUCCUCAUCGGGACGCUCCUCUUCCUCAUCUUCUACUGGUUCCUGGGGGCAGAGCGCAGGUGGACGUUCCUGGGCGGUUCGGCUGUGCCCGGAGGCGCGGCGGGGGAGUGCCUCCAGAGUGAGAUCCACAAGUGGAAAUCCACAGCGGAAAGGGGAGAGGGGAUCUACAGCACCCCCUCUGAGCCCCUGGACACGCCUUUCGUGUCGGGGAACGGCCAUAUUCUCAUCGAUGUGGGCGCCAACAAGUUGUGGGUGGCUUCGUCUUCACAGCCGGGCUCAGCCCCGGUUCACCAAACCGAACACUCUCCGAGGGUCAACGUCCGCCUUGUGGGGGGACUGGCCGAGGCUGAAGCCAAGUUCCUGGGGUACCGGAAGGGAGCAGUCCUCUCGGUCCGGUGCGCCUCGCCGGCCGCGGUGCAGUCCGCCCGGGACUGUGUGUCCAUCCGAGAGGAGUUCAUCGCCCACCGGAGCCGACCCAACGUGUACCUGCAACGAAUCCACAUCAACAACCCCUCAGAUCGGGUCGCUAACGUGGACAUAUCACCCGGCAGCCAGCCAGGAUCGAGGAGCAGGUUUUCCUCCAGCGUGGACACGCUCGGCGACAGAGAGGUGGAGCUGUCCUCCGGAACGGUGCAGGUGGAGAACAGCCAGGUCGUGCUGCUGGUGGUGGUCACCAGAAAGCUGAAGAACAGGAUCCAGGUCGCUGCAAAAUCCGAGUACUCGGACAACAUCCUGUCUGUGGUCUGGACCUCAGAGCCCAUCGAGUCCUCGAAGGUGGAGGCGGCCUUCAGCAGCCUCAGAGAUGGCGCCAAGAAGGAGAUGGAGGAGCUUCUGAGGGCUGACGUGAAGGAGCUGGUUCAGAAACACCAGCAGGCCUGGAUGGACCUCUUUAGCUCAGGUAUCGAAAUGAGAAAGAUCACGGACUCCCACACGCCGUCCAGCCGCACCGUGAACAACACCCUCUACUACAUCCUGUCCUCCUCCACGGCGCCUCUGCUCGACCAGCGGCCGAGCGCGGAGGAGCGUGCGCGCCUCGUGUCCAGCCUCAACUACGCCGACCACUGCUUCAGCGGCCACGCCACCAUGCACGCCGAGAACCUGUGGCCUGAACGCGUGAGCAACACGGCUCAGAUCCUGCAGCUGGUCACGCUGUGGACCCUCACCCUGCAGAAGAGGGGCUGCAAGGUGCUGGUUGCCGCCGGCGCCCACGGGGCCAUGCAGGGCAUGGUGCUCAGCUUUGGCGGCCUCCAGUUCACAGAGAACCACCUUCAGUUCCAGGCCGACCCGGACGUGCUGCACAACAGCUACGCCCUGCGAGGGAUCCACUACAACCAGGACCUGAUCAACCUGGCCGUGUUGCUGGACGGCGAGGGGAAGCCCUUCCUGCACCUGUCGGUGCGGCAGCAGGAGGCGGCAGUCAAGCUGUACGCCUGCGAGGCCGGCUGCCUCAACGAGCCUGUCGAGCUCACCUCCGAGGUCAAAGGCCACACGUUCCCCGUCAUGGUGACCCAGCCCAUCACGCCACUGCUCUACAUCUCCACCGACCUGCGCCACCUGCAGGACCUGCGCCACACGCUGCACCUCAAGGCCAUCCUGGCUCACGAGGAGCACAUGGCGAACAGAUACCCCGGCCUGCCCUUUCUGUUCUGGUUCAGUGUGGCGUCGCUCAUCACCCUGUUCCACCUCUUCCUGUUUAAACUCAUCUACAACGAGUACUGCGGCCCCGGCGCCAAGCCUUUCUUCAGGAGCAAGGUCUCCAGCAAAAGGGAAGACGACUGCUGCGACUCCUCGGAGGUCGCUUAAGCGUAGCUUCAGCGCGGGUUUGCUGCUGCUACUGUUGUUGUGGACAUAUUGACAUGGUGGGUGGCUUGUUUGCUGUUCGCUCUGAUUCUAAAAUCUCUGACCUCCAACUCAGAGGUCAGAGGAGUUUUAUGGAAAAUAACAUCCAACAUGGCGAAUAUUGCCCAGACAUCAGUUGUUAACCCAAACCCACAGGGCUGGAUUUGGCAAUAACGCUCUUAAAAAUCAUUUGUUUUACUCUGCAUGAGUAAAUGUACUGAAAUUUUGUUUUUUAAAAAAAAUCACAACUUAUAAGUUAGAACUGUAUAUGAAACCGGUCUUUUGUAGAAGAUUCUCUAGAUUAAACCUUUAAAACAAAAAAGAUGCUGACCAUUUUCAGGUUCAUCUGAACCAGUCCUGAUUGGUUCAGACAUGGUGGUGUGAGCCACCAGGUCAAACAGGAAGAGCUGAAUAUAAGCCAGGCGAUCCAGGUGGAAAGCAGCAGUUUCGGCCUUCUGUUCACCUUUCACCCAUUUCAUUAGAACCUGCAAAAUCACUGCAGCAUGCAAAGGUUUCCAUCCACCAUUUACUUCUUUAAACCUGGCUUCGGUGUGAUAAGCAGGCAUGUUUUCUAAUGGCGUUGUGCAGAAAAAAAAUAUUUAAAAACCAAGUUAUCUUUCUGGUUUUAAUAUAACAAAGAAAUAUCAGAGUAAAUAGUUUGAUGCUGGUGGUAACAAAGUGCCUAACUAUAAUUUUAAAUUAAUUUUUUGUCAAGUUGGUACAUGUUGAUUAUCGUUUUUUUUUUUUUUUUUCUGUGUAAAACACUAAAGACAUGACAAAGGACUGUUAAUCAGAGGUAGGGAGGGCUGGACCAGGCAUGCCUGUAUGGAGGAUUAAAAAGGACAAAAUUAAUACAUUGUCGUUAAAUAAAUUCACCACAAAAUAAAUACUUAAUCAGAUGUUUAAAUAUGCCAUUAAAUAAUUUAAAUGCACACUUGAGAUAGUUAAUCAAAUGUAUGUUUAUUUAUUUCACAGUUCCUAUUUUUGAAGCAUACCAGUGAAACAAUCUGACAAAUUCGCCUAUCAAUCAAGAGGCAGGGCUAACACCGAUCUAUUUAACUCCACUAGUGUGAUUUGAUGUUCGGCAUUCGACCAAUUCUUUGACUUUACCCUCCACAUAGUCUGGAUGCUAAUUAUGUAAUCUCUCCAUCUCGCAGAAAAGCUCCUGAAAAUUCUCCUUUAGAAAGGCUACCAUGAUUUUCAAAGAAUCAGGCUAAACUAGUGGAGUACAAGUUGGCCCCUCUGAUUUUGAUUUGCGAGUUUAACUGAUUAAAAUUAUUUAAUUAAUUAUCUCAAUUGACUGCUAUAAGUUUGACCUUUUUUUUUUUACCGUCCGUAUGUAUGAGGGUACUAUGGGCUGAUUAGACAGCAGAAGCAUAAAUUAGUGAAAAUUGUUCUGAAACAUUUGGGCCCCACUUGGGGUCUGCUGGUCAGAUAUUUAUUCACAGCCAGUCCCAGUAUUGGUCUUUUAGAACUAAAAUCUUCUGCAGAGGAGGGUCUGGGUUUUUCUUUAGAGCUUUAACAGUUUACCCAUUCAAUGCUUUGCUAAUUGUUCACAGGGAAACUGAACAGUUCUGCUAAUAAAGCAUUCACAUGGUGACUUGUGAUAAAUGAAAUAAACAGUGUUAAUGUCGGUCUGCAUCGGGGUCUUUGCAAACAUUGACCCCAGUAAAGGAGUCGUCUGUCCACCUACUAGGAAAAUAGUUUAUUUCCAUCUCGAUAAAGUUUUAUUCUUUUUAAAUUAGCUUUGAGUCAAAGUUUGUAGUUCUGGCUUCAAAACAACAUAGUUGUAGGUUUGUCCACCUUAUGACCAUUUUUCCCUCCAAAACGGUUUGGUGCUGCAUUUAACAGUAUCAUCCAAUCUGCCACUGCCAAUACAUAUGAACACAUCUUUACGAUAGGCAUGUUAUGAUAAUGACCAACUUGUGACAUAACGUUCAGGCCUAGUGUGAAACUACACAACAGCAGAAGUCGUCCCUAGAGUCACUAAGAUUUCACCAGAGAGAGAAAAAGAGAAAAUCUAGCUUUGAGAAAAUCUAAAGAACUGGGACUGUGGUGAGUUCUAGACAAAUUCUGGCCGUAGUUCUGUGACUGAACUGAAACAUGGCGUGUAGUGACAGCUUCAAGCAGGACUCUGUGACGAAGAAUCCCAAGCAGACUGUUGGAGUCAGUGAACACGACUCCUUCCUUUGGUUGACUGGCAGCCACUGUUUAGCUUCUCAUGCUAAUGAAGUCCAUCCUCUGAUGGCUCGUGUUUAGCCUUUUCCAUCAGUUUUCUUUUUUCUUGUAACCUGAAGCAUGUAACCUUUCUCCAGUUCACCAUCUUUACUUCUCAUUUUCAGUAUUUCUCAUAACAUCUAACCAACAUCAGCUUUAACAAGUCAUGUUCUGCCUGGUUUUUCAAGCUUUACUCGAACUCUGGAGGUUUUUCUCAAAGUGUCGCUCAGGUUUCCUGACCCCUAGUCUGGAUUUAAGCCCCAACAUCAGACUUGCUUAGGAAAUGGACCCUGAUGGACAGCUUCCCUGCUGUAUUUGGGAAAUAAUUAUUCUGGGAAUGCAGGGUGCAUUGAAUCUUCUUUGGGCUUUUCCCCUUCCAGACAGAACAUUAAAACUGAUUCCUUUGUUCACACAUGUAAAUUCCACUUGGCUUCACGCUGAUUUUUAGGUCCUUUUCCCUCGGUUUUCACUUGCCAGGUGAUUUAUAUUUGUUCCGUUUCUCUUUAUGGUUUUUUUUUUAUUAUUUCUUUAAUGUGAACUACUGAAUAUGUCUGAAUGAAGAAAUAAGUUAAUUUAUUGAACAUUUGCAAUAAUCCCAAUGCUUUGUACUUGAAGUCUUUGUGCUUAAAGUUUGAUUUGGGUUUAUUUUGGGGAGAAUAAAUCACUUAUUAAAAUGUGGCAUGGUGUUAUCACUUUCUUAAAGAUUCUUUAGCACAGAGUUUAAUCUUCUGCUGACGGGAACCCUCAGACAAAAAAAGUUAAAGGUAAAAUGUCCACGAUGUAAAAAGAAGCAGCAGGAGGAGCAAGAGGACUCUUUAAUAAAUCAUUAAUAUGAAUCUGUGAAAAGUCAUUUAGGUUCAAAAAGCUCCUACUAACCACAGGCUAGAACUAGUGUUUAUUUUCUGUCAAAAUGUUCGGGUUGGUGUUUCUUAUAGAUUCAGCUACAAAAAUCUGAAUAAUCUUUUGGCAUGGGGGUGGGGGAGAAUCUGCCAGCGGAACUAGUACUUAGUUAUUCAUUUCAGAUGGGCUUCCGUAUCUUUCUGAAAAGUUGCAAGUUAAUUUAGUCUUAUUUCAAGUGUGCUAAGAUAAUUAUCCAGAGUUCCUCUAGAUAUUCAAACUCCAAAUAUUCACCGCCAUUAAGAUAAAAACAGUAAGUCAGACGUAAAGAACAUAUCUAUUGACUUUAUUAAAGUGUGUUUUGUGUGUAAGUCCGGAGAACAUGUCCAAGGACUGACACACAGUCUACGCUAGAGGAGAGCGUCACCAUUCGCAUCUAGCAGUUUGUCAGCAGAGCAUCUCUGGCUUCAGCUCCACAUGACUUUGGUAAAGGCUUGAUGACGGAACAGUGUAUUUUUGUGUGUGUAUUCUCUAAUUCCCAGCCAUGAUUUUGGCAGCUUUCUCUCUCCACUCCCACAGGCACUUAUUGCAGUCACAUUUGUGUGCAUAGACUUUCAUAUAAAUUGCCUGGGGG